AUGUUCGACCAGCAGCCACAGGAGCCUCUCGACUAUCCAGAACAAAAGGACGAUGCAUCAGAACCUCCGCUGCAACAAGAAACGGCCGAGGAAAGCGAUGACACCGGUACAGUGGCAGUCGAACAUCCGCCAGAAUGGGACCCCGCAGCGGUGUCGAUCCAGGCGGCGUGGCGGGGUUACUCUGCCCGCAAGGCGUACGAGGAGGAGAGGGUGACGAGGCAGUGGGCGGCCGUGAAGGUGCAGUCGUGCUUCAGGGCCAGAAGGGCGAGGAGACUCUUCAAUAAGCAGAUGAGGUACAAGCACAUCCGCGACAUGGUCCGAGAGGAAAAGGAGGCGGAUGAGAUGGCCGUGCACGACCGGGAGAGCCUGAGGUUGAUGAAAUACGAAAGGGCUCUCUGCACGUUGGGCCGUGUUCUCCUUGGUUAUAAGGGGCGGAAGAUCGCCAGAGAGAGGAGACGCCAACUCAGGCUGGAAGAGGCUGGCAAAAGGUUUGCAGAGAGAGAGGAAGCGCUGCGGCGGCACGAAGAAACACAGCGGAGGCUGGAGGUCCUCCGGAAAGAUGAGAAACUGGCAGCAACCAUCAUACAGGCGGUGUAUCGGAGUAGGCUGGCCCGGAAACGAGUCGCACUCAUUAGGGAAGACAACCGCCGCACGAGAGCGGCGACUAUGAUACAACAGAUGAUCCGCUUCAGGGGUGCUCGGCACGAGGCGGCGGCGAGAAAGCGACACUUGGGUGGCGAACCACUGAGUGCACAUCUUUUCCCCAUGCCCCGUUCAGGACGUACUGCCUACGUAAACCUCGGCCGGCAGCGCCAGGCCCUCUUCCUCCGAUUGGUCGGCCUACGGAACCGCCGCUCCCAGAGACCGGCCAUCCGCUUGCUGCGGAAGGUCGGCGCCGACCUGAUGAGCUUCACCACGGCCAUGCGUAUCCAGCAGAAGGAUUUAAGGGAGGGGGCGCGACUGGCGUGGCAAGAGUUCCAGACGCACAGAGAGGCGUUCAGGACCUGCGGGCGUAACGCUUACCGACGGCGAAACUUCGUCCGAGCUCAGCAGCUAGAAGACCUGGAGCGCAAGCGCAUCCGACGAGGAGACGCCGUUCAGAUUUUGAACCGCGAACAUGAGUUCUGCGGGUUCACAGGACGUGUCCUUCACGUGGACUGUAGGGACCCCGGUCGAGAGGUUGCAGAGAUCAACCGACAAGAACUCCGUCAUCACGAACCGGAGGAGCUUGCCCUGGUGAGGGACGCCCUGCUUGCCUGGGCCGACCGAGAGCGGGAGAAGUGGCGCCCCCAGCUCGCCGCGGUUGCUAUUCAACGACGAAUCCGGGCCUUGAUCAACAAGAAUUCUAAGAAGCUGCAGUGGAAAACGCCCACGUACGGGCCGCUCAUCCGGCCCUACCACCCGUACAAAGAGGCAAGAACGGUCUUCACGGGUGGCUUCCACUUCACGGAGCUCGAGCAAAGCCCCCACGUCCGCACGGGGGGCCGAGCGUUCUUCCACGGGUCCUGGGCCUGCCCUCCCCCCCCCCCGGACAGCGACACCUCCUCGACGCACUCUUCCGAAGAAGUUAUCGAUUAUGACCGAAGCAAAAGGCCUGAAGUUGGCAGCAGCUCCGAGGACGAUGAAGACACGGGUUGUGUCGCGGUGGGGGGAGGAGAGGAGGGGUUCGAAUUGGAGAGGCGUGAAGAUGAAGGGGGCGAGGCGGCUGUUGCUGGCAAGGAGAGGAUCAAGAGCAACAAGCGGCGACCUGCUUGGGGGUGGCCGACGAUGAAGAGUAAGAAAGUGUACAGUGGUGGCGAUGAGGAUGUUGGGUUGGAGAGGAAAGGUGGUGAUCAUCACGACGGUGGAACGAACAAGAACAGACAGAGGGAAGCAAUAAAGAAGAACAAGGAUCGGAGGAGGAGAAAAAAGAAAAGGCAGCGAAAAACAGGGAAAGAUAAAUCACAACCUCACGGGGAAGGCUACGUCGAAUUCUUGGACGGCUGGGGAGUUUCUCAGGAGGAAAAGACGCUGUAUGUAACAGUGGUGUCGGGUCAGGGCCUCGCGGGAAACGACCGGUCGAUGCUUAUUCAACACUGCGACCCAUUCUUUCAGCUCAAGUGCAACGGAAAGACCCACCACACCUCCACCAAGCACAAUACCCGGGAACCCAGGUGUGUGUGUGUGUGUGUGUGA